UACUACUUCGAGACUUACGAACUGUUUUUAUUUUUGUACCUAAACUAGAGAAACAACCAUGACUAACUAUCAGAAUAUUGUCUUCGGAGUGGACCUUGUGAAAGCCGCCCAAGAUGAAUACGACUUUCUGCUCAAGGUUGAUGGCUUAGAAUACCUUCGAAACGAUGCAGUUCUUCAGUAUGCCAUUCACCGCUACGAGAACCUUUGGCUUCCUCUAGUCGCAUCUCAAAACGACGAAUAUAUCUUGCCAGAAUGCUUAGAGCCUCCAGUUGAUAUAGCUUGGGUGUGGCAUUGCCACAUGCUAUCACCACAUAACUACGCCUCGUAUUGUAAGUCGUUAUUUGGAAAAGUGCUCGAUCAUUCUGUUUCUAAAUCCAAAGCUGCUUACGACUUAACAAAGUCUACUUGGGCACGUCAUUAUCCCAAUGAACCAUUCGAAUUAUGCCAGGACAUCGUGUAUGGAAAAUGUCCCACUGUUCCACCUUAUCCAAGUAAAAGCGACUCGUUCGAUCUUCUGGCAGCCAUUCAUCGGCAACAAGACUUUGUCUAUAACAUUCAUCUGCCUCAUUAUAGAAACAUGAUGUUUCUUGAAGCGGGAUUGACAAGAUACAAACAGUAUCUUUUUUUGAAGAAAAAACAUCCGACAGUAUUUGUUGUACCCUGCUACGAUAUUGAUUUGAUCUGGCACACCCAUCAACUCCAUCCAAUUGAUUACGAACGAGUCACAAAGUCGUUGCUUGGUUGGCUGCUCAUUCAUGACGAUACAGAUAGCGAUAGAAACCCAGGAUCUAAGCUUUCCAAUGCUUAUGAAGAAACAAGAAAACUUUGGCAAGAGGAGUAUAAUGAAUCAUUUAUCAAAUCAGGUGCCAUGUACCGUGGAGAUUCUCCAAAAGGUAGACUCUACCUUCUCACUAAACAAGACAUUGAAGGAUUCUCAGGCAGAAAGGCAGAAGCAGUUAUUGAAAAUAUUUCUAUAUCUUUGCCUAAUCCAGUUGGCAACAAAAAUAUUAAACUUAAAAUAUUGAAAAACAAUUGGUCAAAGGGACUUCAACGUAUUCAAAAAUUAACAGGCAAAAUGGGGAACAUGACCUGGAAUAAUCUCAGUAAUGUACAAUUUUCAUAUGGACCUUCAGAUGCUACGCUUGUUUUUGAGCUAGCUACAAGACAUAACUUUUUUGGUGGAGGAUCCAAAGCAAUUGGUGGUUUUCAAGAACGGUUUGGGUUUUAUUUGCAGAACCCCGAGCGUAGUAAUGGCGGCUAUUUCAAAUUUGAAAGGGAAAUGCAAAUGUUAAGCACUGCAUCGGCAGCCAAAUGUAUCGUUGAUGGGAGAUUUGGAUGCCCGUCUCUUGCUGACAUCGUUUUACUUUUGGAACCAGGUACCUAUGAAGAGGCUAACAUGCCAACAAAUGUAGAUCAAUUAUGGGGUCCUGUUCCUUUGCCGAAAUCUGAUGCCGAAAACAUCUGCCAAGUUGCUUCGCAUAGAUUGCAAAACCCGAAUGGAAAUAUCGUUUUUACUUGCCGGAUAAUACACAGUGUUAAGACGAUGACAUCAGUUGUGCAUGUUUUCUUCCACGACAAAUUGGCAGCAGUUGCACAUGUUAUUGGAACUGACCAGCUACCAAUUGAAACACAGACAUCUGAAAAUAUAUCCCUCAAUCCAGGUGCUGGGGAAAGAGCAGUCCUUAUAAAAACUGGAGAAGGUGAUUCUAUGAUACUUAUAGGAAAAUGGACAGGAUUUGUCCGGGGAGUUGCUGGGACACGAGGUAAGCAAGGAAUCCCUGGUAACCCCGGUCAUUUGGAAGUUAGAGUAUACCGAAUUGAUGCGAAAAGUGCUCCAACUGGAGAAAAAAUUUAUCUUUCUCAAUAUCAACCUCUAGAAUAUGAAGGUCUAACACUAGACUUGAAUAGAGGUACAAUAACCUGCAGUGGAUUGAAAUCGGAUAAAAUUCUUGAAUAUGUGACCCUUUCAUUUUCUGUCGCUUUGCUACAUGUGCUAUGCGUUCCUCGCCCAACAAAAUGGAAACCGGGAGAGUCUCUUAAACCGAAAUUGGCAAAAAGAGGUAGACGAAGAGUGGAAAGGUUUCCAGAUGAAGAUAUGUCCUUCAUGAUGGCUGCAGGAUUGUUGUACUUGACGCCCUCUAAUCACUAUAUAUAUCACAAUUACGGUGCAAACGUCAGUGCAGGAUGUGCUUCCGGAGGGAUUGUGUCUGAUUCUUGUGGCGUUGGCUUCGAUCAAAGCCAAUGUGUCAUCAAUUCCGAUGGAGGAGAUUUUGGUGGCGGAGGUGGUGGAGACAUCGGGGGUGGCGACGGUGGGGGUGGAUGUGGCGGAUGCGGUGGUUGUGGAGGCGGUUGUGGUGGCGGAGGAGGCUGCGGGGGUGAUGGUGGAGGCGGAGGAUGUGGGGGUGGUGGAGGCUGUGGAGGUGGUGGUGGAUGUGGGGGUGGAUGUGGUGGUGGUGGCGGAUGUGGUGGUUGAGCAGGUUGUCAAUCUAAGAUAGUAAUUACAAGUCUUUAAUGUUGUUGAAAAGAUUUUUUAGGCGUUUGAUUAAAACAUGACAUGACUGUUGUCAUAUAAGAGCUUUUUGUGUUGAAAGUACGGAACAUGUCACUAAAUUAUUGCAUAUAUUCUAACAUUGUUUAUUUUGCUGUCUUAUGUUUGUAUAAUGUAUGUUGUCUUUUCUACGAAUCAUGAACAUAACGGAUAAUCAAUGCAAUCAAUUUUGUAUUUAUAUGUAAAGUGUGAUGUCUUAUAAUUUAUAUUUACAAUAUAUUACAAAGCUUUAUUUAACUCAUACCAGAUGCCAGAUUAUUUGCGACGAGGUGGCAGGAGGGUCAUGCAAUCCUUUUUACCAAAUCAAUCUCCAUUGAGGCGUAUAAAUAUAAAAGUGCAUCUAUUUGAUUUUCCUAAAAUUUUGGGCGAUAUAUAUUUUAUAUAUAUUAAGACCGGUUUAUGUUUGUUUCAUCAUAUAUUUAUAACUGUGUACCGCUUGUAAUCCUAUCAUUUCAGUUCUCCAUUAUCUAUUCUUUCAGUUUUGCAAAGAACUUUAUUCAUAAGACAUUGCAGCAGAAUGAAACAAUUAUCUUAUAAGAAUAAACUCUUCUUUAUCAGUA